AUGAUGAACCCACCCGAUGUUGCGGAUGUUGUCAGAAUCUUCACCCAUGCAUAUCCCAGGUCAGGGCUUACAGCGCCAAAAAUGGAGAACUUUAUCCGCCUCUUGAUUCAAACCUUCAAUGUGGACCUCCGUCAUUUCGACAGGAUCUUCUCUGAACUUCGGUUUGACUCACACCUACCCGCUGUUUUGUCCAAAGCGAUUCGGGAAUUUGUGGAUGAUGUCCGGAGUGCUCUUGACGACCUGAAAGCUGAAGACGUCGCUUCGCUGCUACGCGGUAGUUCAGACUCUCCCCAGUACUCCCAUCGACUUAUUGCCUCAUACCGAAGGCGACCACUCUUACUGCCGACUCAUUUACACCUUGAGCCUAAUCACACUCUGCGACAUGAAGUCCAAUCUUCCUUCGUAGUGAACCUACUCUGCAAGGCCUGGACAAAGCAAGCCGACAAGAUGCGGACAAUUAUGGAGACGUUACUUAGCUCCGACAUGAAGAUGGCAGCAGCUCUCAGCUGGCUUUUCGAGGCCAAAGGACACACUCAUAUCGUCACCAACCAGUGCCUGAUGACGGAGACAUGGGUUGGAACAAACAAAACCUGUCUGAGUCAAGCCGAGCAUGCCCAGUCCAUGGAGAUCGGUCCACGGGCCAUGACGCUCUAUGACUCUACCUCCGACCCUUCAACGACUUGCGAGCAGAACGCUUAUUAUGUCCCCAUCCAGGUCAACAAUCCCUUCUUUGACUCUUUUCUAGCUGGCAAGGACUUUGGCGCUGUGUUUCAAAUGACCGGUAACGGCACUAAAAACUACUACUAG